AUGGUUGAAUAAUUUUUUUCCGAUUUCCUUGGAUUCUACAGGCCUAACUUCAAGGUGUUUUCAACUAAUUAUAAAUUUAGAGAAAGUAGAUGGUUCAUUAACCAAAAAAACAAAUACAUUGGAGGAAUUAAAUUUGUAUUCAAUUGA